CGAGGCUGAGGCCCCGGGAGUCCCCGCGCGUCGCCCGGGGCCAUGGGCGCGUGAGAGCCCAGCGCGCGCCGCCUCUACUGCACCUCGCGAGCUCACACGCCCGGUGCACCGUUCUCCCGGCGGUCCCCACGUCCUUCCUGCUCCACCCGGACUUGUUAUUUCUCGGCGCGGAGGUCCCCGGCGCUGCAUCCGAGCCUCCGCCUCCCGCUGCCGCCGCCUCGGCUGCCGCUGCUCUCCGGCUUCCCCUCCCCCCACUCCCGGGGCUCGGAGCAAGAGGAGGAGGGGCCGGUGCAUUCUCGCGACCGCUCUUUGCAACCUGCGGGGGCCGGUGCAUGCCCAGCGAGGCGCCCGGGCCGCUGCAGGUGCGUGCAACCCCAACGGAGACGACCCUCCCCCCAACCCCGGGCGAACCGGGGGGCUGCAAGCCGCCGGCGGGCGGUCGAGCGAGAGGAAGCAACAAAGACCGGCUGCAGCUGGGGCCGGCGAGAGGGGCUGCGGCCGCCGGGCUCCGGGCGCCGGCGGAGAGGGCGCCCCGGGGAGCGGCGCGGGCCGAGCUGCAGCCUUGAGCGGGACCCCUAGGGGAGGCGCAGCGCCGCCCGCCGGACGCAGUGAGCACAGGCCCCAAGUGAGGAUGCGCCGCCUGAGCGCCCGCGCGGCCCGGGUUCCGGGCGGCCGCGACCCCCGCUGAGCAGAGAGAACCUCCACCCCCGACUUCGGACGCCUGGAUCGCGCUCACUGAUAGCGUCCUUUCCCACCCGGAGAGAGGUAUCAGCUCCCAAGAGGGGCUUCCUCAGGCAGCUCUGCCCCCUCUGCAUGGCUGCGACCCGGCGAGCGGAGGGUCGUCGCCGCUGAGACCUGGGGCCCUUCGACGGCCUGGCUGAUCCGGGAACCUGCCGCAGAGCGUGCCGCACCGCAGGCCCCCAGCUCAGCCAUGCUGGCCUGUCUGCAGAGGACCCAGAACCCACCAGGCCAACACCUGGCCUGCCCGAGCAAGAGCCUGGAGCUGCGGAAGUGCGAGACGGUGGCCAGCUCCAUGCAUUCCUCCCGCUACCCAAGCCCCGCCGAGCUGGACGCCUACGCUGAGAAGGUGGCCAACAGCCCACUGUCCAUUAAGAUCUUCCCCACCACCAUCCGUGUGCCGCAGCACAAGCACCUCAGCCGCACCGUCAACGGCUACGACACCAGCGGCCAGCGCUACAGCCCCUACCCGCAGCACGCCGCCGGCUACCAGGGCCUGCUGGCCAUUGUCAAGGCUGCCGUCUCCUCCUCCAGCGUGGCCGCGCCCGCGGGGUCUGCCAAAAGCGUGCUUAAGAGCGCCGAGGGCAAGCGGACCAAGCUGUCACCGGCUGCCGUGCAGGUGGGCAUUGCACCCUACCCAGCACCCAGCACUCUGGGGCCCUUGGCCUACCCCAAGCCCCCCGAGGCUCCCGCCCCGCCUCCUGGGCUGCCUACAGCUGCUGCCACUGCCACCUCCGUCAUCCCUCUGCCGGGCCGUGGCAUGGCCCUGCCGCCUUCCAACCUGCCCUCCAUUCACAGCCUGCUCUACCAGCUCAACCAGCAGUGCCAGGCCCCAGGUGCCGUGCCCGCUGCCUGCCAGGGCGUGGCCGUGCCCCACCCCAGCCCGGCCAAGCACGGGCCUGUGCCCAGCUUCCCCAGCAUGGCCUACUCGGCGGCUGCCGGCCUGCCCGACUGCCGGAAAGGCACCGAGCUGGGCCAGGGAAGCACUGCCGCCUUGACGUUAGCGGGGGCCACCAAGCCUGCAGGGUACGUGGACAGCGGCCUGGAUUACCUGCUGUGGCCACAGAAGCCACCCCCACCACCACCCCAGCCACUGCGGGCCUACAGCGGUGGCACGGUGGCCAACAAGUCCCCCGAGGCUUGCGGGGGGCGGGCGUAUGAGAGGGCCAGUGGGUCGCCCCUCAACUGCAGCGUGGGGCUGCCCACCAGCUUCACAGUGGGCCAGUACUUUGCCGCCCCCUGGAACAGUGUGCUGGUGACCCCCACCAGCGACUGCUACAACCCAGCAGCGGUGGCCGUCACGGAGCUGGGUCCUGGAGUGGCCCGAGACCUGGCGGGGCCCCCCGCCGAGGCACUGUCAGGCCUGCCCAGCAAGAGCGUGUGCAACACGGCCGUGCUAAGCAGCAGCCUGCAGUCCCUGGAGUAUCUCAUCAACGACAUCCGGCCACCCUGCAUCAAGGAGCAGAUGCUGGGCAAGGGCUAUGAGACGGUGGCAGUGCCCCGGCUGCUCGACCACCAGCACGCCCACAUCCGCCUGCCAGUCUACAGAUAAGGCCCGCCCGGCGGACGCGCGGACAGAUGGACAGGGCACCGAUAGGGGGGAGGCAGGCCGCAGGGCAGGGUGGGGGCACGCCCUGUGCCCACCGAUGCCCACAGGGAAGCCAGGCUGGCUGCUGCCGGGCCUGCUGGGGUUUGGCCGGGUGACCUUGUUCACCAAGGCCCCUCCCCCUGUCAGCUACCAGGACACGGGGAGGCUCUGGGGCAGCUGCUGACUUCCAUGCCUUCCUCCAUCCACACUGGCAGAGCAGCAGGGGGAGAGAAACCACUUAAAAAUAGGAGUGGUUCUUCCUGGCUCUCCCAGGAGAGGAGCUCAGGCCAGGGUGGGAUGAAGGAAGAAAGGUGAUGGUCUGGAGUCAGAGUGAGGUCAAAGUAGCUCCCAGGGGUCAGGUAGCGUCUGCCCCCACGAGCCCCCCAGUAGCCUGGAAAAGGAGCACAGGGGGACUGUAAGAAGUCACUGGGCCCUCAGUGUCCUCCACUGGCCAAUCCAGGUGAAGACCACUCGAAUAGAGGCUCCGGGGACUAUUACUGGCUCCCCUGCACCUCCUCCUCUAGACUCUCCUGCCCCUCCCCCCAUUCCUUCCCAACACAGAAAAAUCGCACCCCCAUCCCACAUCUCCAAACCCCGGACUACCACCUUUCCCGUUCUCUCCAGUACAUCGUACAGGGCUGCUGGGCACAGUUAUGUAGGCUGUGCACUGCACAAGGGCACCUCAUCCAAGGAGACACCACUUGCAUCCUAGACUUGUAUAUUUAUUACAGCAAUUUUCCGAAUCUUGAGGAAGGGGUGCCAUUUCCCUAUUCGCACAAAGGUACCAUAGGGGCUAACAAGGGGCCUGUCGUCUAAGACCCCAUCAGAAGGACCAUAGGAUGCCCUCUUCAGGGUUUCUCCUAGGAGCCAGUGAGGGGGCAACCUUCUGGUUUUAACUGGGAGACCCAGUGCAACUCUUUUCCAGCCAGCUCCCUCCAAGGCCUGCUCAUCAAGCAGGGGAAGACAGGCAGGGGUCCCCCCCACUGAGUCCCCAAGGCCCAAAUUCCCCAAGUCCUGGCCCCUCUGGCGCUCCAGAAGCGGUACUGUAUCUCUCUCCAAGGCCUGUUCAAGCACUAAGUGCAUUUACAAAUCUCUGAGAAUGUUUUUUUUUUAUACUAAAAUUGACCAUUAUAUUCUACUGUGAGAAGUGCGGUCUGCACUAUAUUGUUUUAAAAACGAAGAGAAAGAAAAAAGCAAAACACA